CGGCCAGUGAGCGCUCCUCUGUGCCAAUAAUUCUGCUGUAACUCAUCGUUGUUUUUCUGUCUGCAUCCCUGUCUUUGCACCAGUGUCUCUUAUUCGCACGUCUCUUUUCUUUUUGAGUCCAUCCUCUUUUCUUUUUUUCUUUUUUUUUUAAAUCAUCAUAACACAUUAUAAUAAAAGUAGCCCAUUUGGCUUGCGAGUCAGCAUGCAUGUACCUCUGAACCUUUUUAGAGGAAGGGUGAUGGAGGGGAUGGAGGAGGGGGUGAGGGGUAUCCAGCACGAUACGCCAUAAUCAGGGUCUUCCCUCGUUAUUCUAUUAGAAUUCACCCCCUCACCGAGGCAUUACCCCAUUUUCUAACGGGGGGAUGUCUCUUCCUCUAUGUAUAGCCAAAGCAAUUGUGCGACACCCCGUGCUGCAUGAGCUCCAUACGCGCUCCACUCCUAGCGGUGGUUUCGUGUUACUGAAUAAUACCCUACAGAGAACAGAACCGAGUAGAGUGGUAGAGGGAGCAGGGAGAAGAGAGGGAGAUGAGCAUCUUAUUCCAAUGAAACAUCAAGCAGUGUGACGAUGACAGCGAAAGGCAGACAUAAAGCGGUCCCCUUCCCCCUGGCCCACCGGCUGACCAUGAAGGAGGUGUUCGACGCGGAGGGCCGGCCUCGGGUGGACCUGCUCAAAGCUCACCUCACCAAGGAGGGCCGGCUCGAGGAGGCCGUGGCCCUGCGCAUCAUCGAUGAGGGCGCCGCCAUCCUGCGCCAGGAGCGCACCAUGUUGGACAUCGAGGCGCCAGUCACGGUGUGUGGAGACAUCCACGGCCAGUUCUUCGACCUGAUGAAGCUGUUUGAAGUGGGAGGCUCUCCUGCCAACACACGCUACCUCUUCCUAGGGGACUACGUGGACAGGGGCUAUUUCAGCAUCGAGUGCGUGUUGUACCUGUGGUCACUGAAAAUCCUCUACCCAAAGACGCUCUUUCUUCUGCGGGGAAACCAUGAAUGUAGACAUCUGACAGAAUAUUUCACCUUCAAACAAGAAUGUAAGAUCAAGUACUCAGAACAGGUGUACGACUCCUGCAUGGAGGCGUUUGAUUGCCUGCCCCUGGCAGCCCUGAUGAACCAGCAGUUCCUGUGUGUGCAUGGGGGGCUUUCACCGGAGAUCCACACGCUGGACGACAUCAAGAAGUUGGACCGGUUCAAGGAGCCCCCGGCGUUCGGGCCCAUGUGCGACCUGUUGUGGGCCGACCCCCUGGAAGACUUCGGCAACGAGAAGACCCAGGAGUACUUUGGCCACAACACAGUCAGAGGAUGCUCCUAUUUCUACAGUUAUCCUGCGGUGUGCGAGUUCUUACAGACCAACAACCUGCUGUCAAUCAUCAGAGCGCACGAAGCACAGGAUGCCGGGUACCGCAUGUACAGGAAGAGUCAGACCACAGGCUUCCCCUCCCUCAUCACCAUCUUCUCUGCUCCUAACUACCUGGAUGUCUACAACAACAAAGCGGCGGUGCUGAAAUAUGAGAACAACGUGAUGAACAUCCGCCAGUUCAACUGCUCUCCUCAUCCCUACUGGCUGCCCAACUUCAUGGACGUCUUCACAUGGUCGCUGCCUUUCGUGGGAGAAAAGGUGACUGAGAUGCUGGUCAAUGUUCUGAGUAUCUGCUCCGACGAUGAACUCAUGAACGACGGAGAAGAGAUCUUCGACGCGAGUGCAGCAGCCGCGAGAAAAGAGGUCAUCAAGAACAAGAUCCGAGCCAUUGGGAAGAUGGCGAAAAUGUUCUCUGUUCUACGGGAGGAGAGUGAGAACGUCCUGACCCUGAAGGGGCUGACGCCUACGGGCAUGUUGCCCAGCGGAGUUCUGUCCGGGGGCAAACAGACCCUGCAGAGCGCUACCAUUGAGGCCAUAGAAGCUAUCGAGACAGUUAAGGACCCGGAAGCCAUCCGAGGCUUCUCCCCGCAGCAUCGGAUCAGCAGCUUCGAGGAGGCCAAAGGUCUGGACCGGAUCAACGAGAGGAUGCCGCCGCGGCGCGACGCCGUCAACAGCGUGGGCCUGUCGAUGGGCCGCAUGAACAUGGGCGAGCCCAAUGGGACCGACACCAACAGCAAUAUACAGUGAUGGACGCACACUCCCACAAGCCCAGACACAUACCUGCAGUUACAACUCUGAUCUGGUACCAUAUUUAUAGAUACGUGUACAUAGGCAUAUAUACACAGGAAAGAAACGCAUCUCACACACAAAAAACACAGUAUUUCCUACACGCAUUAGACACGCGCACACACAUGCAACCACACACAUACAUGCGCACACACACACACACACACAAUUACCUAACCCUUUCCCGUUGCCCUCAGCUGUUAUGUAAAGGCAUGAGCGUACCCCGGACUUUACCACCAAAGGCUGAAGCUCUUCACUGAACUGAUCGGCCCUAUUUAGAGAACUACAACUCCCAUGUACCUGCACAACGACGGGAAAAGAAACUCCAAAAAAAAAACACCUCCCCAUGCAAAACAGGAGGAGCUGCUGUUCCAACGCGUGUGUGUCGGGGGAUCACCAGUGGGUUGACGGUGUCAGCAUGACGUGCCUGUGUCGGUGGUGUGUGUGUGUGUGUGUGUGUGUGUCGUCUGGGGGCGGGGUGGAUGGGGUCGUGCAGUUUGCUCUGGGACGGGGGACGGGGGCGGUUAGGAGCAGGGGCAUUUGAGAUAUGUGUGCAUUGUUAUGUGCAUCCCAAAACAGGAAGUGGAACCAAACGUAGGUUGAUUUUCUAGAGUUGUGGACGCGUGCGUGCGUACUUGCGUGCACACGCUUCAACAUGUAAGUGUCAGUGUGGUCAUAUUUGGAAAAAAGUGUUUUUUUUUUUUUUUUGUUUGCAAACUCGAGCAGACGUCGCCAUCAGCCAGGCGACGGUGAGAAUAACUUCGGGGUGUGUGGUCGGGCGAGAGAUGUGCCGACGUCGUCUCAGCUGCAGUCUAAUCUGAGCCCUCGCUGUCCUUUUCUUCUGCAGAGGAGAUCACCCCCCCCCACAUUUGCUUUUGUAGCACUACACUGCACGCAUUCUCUACUUGAUGUCAAGUGGAGGACCCCCACACAACCCCCCCCCCCCCCAAAAAAAAUUAAAAUAAAAAGAUAAAUCUGGUCCGUGGCCAGUUAGCUCUCGGGAAAGGCUUGAAACUGGGCUCGGAUCACAUUCGAAGCGUUUCUCCCUAAUUGUGUAAAUAGGAUACAUAGAGAGGUUUUAUUGCACAUCCGACGCGUACGGUCACAAGGAUGCGAGAUGCAGUAUAACAGAAGCAGGAUCCUUUAUGUAUGUUAGGGAGUCGGGGUGUUGGGGGGGGGGGGGGGGGGGGGGGGGGUGGGCGGGAGUUGAAAUGUGAAGUCAUACUCUAUCCAUUCUCUUUCUACAUCCUCCUUUCUUCCCGUGUUGCUGUCUGCUACCGAAACAGCAGCGAUGGCCUAAAAAGCAGGAAAUGAUAUUACACAGAGGAAACUGACUCUUCUGGCGAAAGGCAGCAGCCAUGACAACAAGAAGAAGUCAGAAGAAAAAAAAGGUCUUUGUAAAGCAUUUAUAUUAACGCAUCAGUGCAUGCAGAGUUAAGUUCUUUGAUAAAUAAUGUGAAGAUUAUAUUUGUGCUCUGUGUUUCACUAUGGUAGGAAAAAAAAAUUCUUCUUGUUUUUCUGGCUAAUAUAAAUGAACUGAGGUAUAAUGAAAUCAUUUCUUUUGUACAUAAUGUUUGAUUUUAUUUAUUUAUUUUUUUCUUUUUGUAUUCAUUUUGUGUUAUAUUUUGUUCCGUUCAAUUUCACGUUUUCUUUUUUUUUUCUUCUUCUUCUUCUUUCUUUUUCUUAUUUUCACGACCUGUGUUUUCCGGUUUUCUUUUUCGACGCUGUACAGAAUGACGGUACGCUUCUAUUCAAAGUGUCAAAGUCCACGUUCUCUCCUCUCUUCUUUGUCGAUGUACAGGAGUUGUUUUUAAAUGACAAAUAUGAAUAACGAUAAACAAAUAUUAAACUAGCAUUGAUGAAUGACCAUACUAUAUACAAAGGCACAGGCAUUCAGGCAGCCAAAAGCAUGAUUGCAUGGUUAAAAUUUGCGCUGUUUCGAGGCAAAAAGCAGCAGACACAUUUUAACAGAAGAGCCGGUGUGUUGCCGUCACCACUUAAAGGAAAAAAAAAGUGUACUCUCUCUCUGAUCAUAAUUCUUGAUGAUUCCUCUUGUUAUUUGAUGAUAUUUAUGAUUCUAUGAUUAUUAUGAUUCUAUUUAUUAUGGACAUUAUUCUUAAUAUUUAAGCUCUCUCUCUGCUGGUUGCUCUUCAUGUUGCGUUGCUCCUUGGUUGAUCUUGUGCUUCUUUGGGAGAGGUGAACCCCCCUGGGAGACCCUGUGCCAUAGAAAUUGUGCCACGGUUCUGACUCUUUCUUUCUCUUUCUCUCUCUCAAUCUCUCUCUCUCCUUCUUUCUGACUUUCUCUUGUUUCUCAAUCUAUCUCUUUCUGUUUUGACUCCCCAGUCACUAACACUGUAAGCAUGCCCCAUGGGACGAUCCACUUUUUUACUCUUGAAUAAAAUAUGCAUGAACCUUU